ACCCAGUCCCUUAUAUAUACCCCCUUCUUUACGCUCUUCUACAAUUAAUGAACAGACCGUUGCUAAAUCACCUAACUAUCAGUCACCAACUGUUUCUCAUUCUAGCCAUAGACGAAGACCGAGAAAUAUUUUGGCAGGAAUCGAAAAUAUUAAUGAAACAACUGGUCCAGAACGUAUUCCUAGUCGACAAGCAGUCGUAGAAGAUAAUAAAAGCGCAGCAACGAAAAGAGAUCAAAGAAGGAAUGAUAAGGUGAUGCAAGAAAAUCAUGGGCGUAAAAAUCAAGAGUUAGUACAGAUAGAAUCUAACGAAGUUGCUGCUAGCUCUGAUAAAGAGGUAGAUAAUAGCAGAAAGAGAAAAUCUGAUACUGAAAUCAAGGAUGAAAAACGGCUAGCUCGUGUUAAAAGUGCUUGUCCAAAACUUGUUGAACUUCGCAUGAUUCGCGCUGAAUCACAACGGAUGUACUUGAUUAGUCGAUCUAUCAUUAAUGAAUUGUCCCAAAAAUUCGUUAUCUUGGGAGUAACAGGCAUUGUUUACACAGUUAUUAUUUCACAUGUGCCAAGCUGCACUUGUCCAGACUUCUCGAUGUGCUCCUGCAAAUUUUGUAAACAUAUUCUUUUUGUUUACCUUAAAGUUUUGCGCAUGGAGCGAAACAGCAUGUAUAUAUAUCAAAAAGCGCUUUUAUCUUGUGAGCUUCGUUUAAUCUUUAAGAAUGCUAAGCCCGAUCCGAUCGUCUUUGCUAACCGUAGAAUUAUGAGACGAUAUAAAGCGUUCUUUUCAGAAAAAGUUCUUCAAGAACGCCGGUCAAAUGAAGGAAAUUGCAUUACCUGUUACAAACCUUUGAAAGAUAAAGAUCUCGAUCAUUUCUUGUUUGUGCAAAAAGGUUUUUUCCACAACCUUCACAAGGAAUGCUACGAGCAAUGGAAGGAAUCAAAAUGUGUUGAAAGAAUUAAACAGGAAAG